CUUUCUCCCUGCUACCAUGCUUUCUCUCCUUAUAGGCCUCGGCCUGAUCACUACUUCGGCUGCAUCAGGCUACAACUGCAAACCUGGACAGCCGUGCUGGCCAUCAAACGAGCAAUGGGAAAGUUUCAACCAGAGUCUGGCCGGUAACCUCCACCGCACAGUUCCCUACGCCGCAAGCUGUUACUAUGACUCUCCCUACUACGACCCUUCAGCAUGCGACGCCGCCAAAGCCGGCUACUAUUUGAACCAACCACGAACAGACGUAUACGGCGCAGCAACAGGCCUCAACUGGGAAUCGUGCCACUCGCAAACAUGUGCACUAAAUGCUGCGAAUACCUCUCAGCAUCUUUCCGAUCAGUGUUACCGCGGACGACUGUCGCCGCUGUAUGUCGAUGCCCAUGAACCCGGACACGUUGUCACGGCAGUGCAAUUUGCCCAGACACAUAAACUCCGGGUUAGCAUAAAGAACACGGGACAUGAUUAUCUCGGACGGUCUACCAGCCCUGAUACCCUUGCUAUCUGGACCCAUAAUAUGAACGCCACCAAAUACCACGAAAGCUUCACCGCGUCGAACUGUCCCGCCGCAAAUGGAAAACACAUCGGAGAGAUGGGAGCCGGUGCCCAGGCGGGCGAUGUUUACGCCUACUUCCAGAAGUUCAACAUGGACGUGACCGGUGGAAACGAAGGGUCUGUUGGCCUGGCCGGCGGGUUCGGGCAAGGAGGUGGGCAUGGCGUUUUUGGCCCUUCCUACGGCCUUAUGGUGGAUAAUGCAGUUGAAUUUGACGUCGUUACGGCGGAUGGGAAAUUCCGCACUAUCAACCAGUGUAACGAUCCGGAUCUCUUCUGGGCUAUGCGUGGUGGAGGCGGUGGCACUUAUGCUAUUUUAACGAGUUAUCGAUUCCAGCUCCAUCCCGCGGUUAAGAUUAAUGUGUACUCAUUCAAAGCGGAUUUCACGACGGAGGGGAAGAAAAACACUACUGAGACAAAUUAUCCUGCGCUGCAGAAGAUCCUCACUCAACAUGCGACUCAUCAGCCCGUGUGGUCUCACAAUAACAUCUCAGGACACGCGUACUACUGGCCUUCCAAAGCGGAGAUAUACCUCGUCCUGCCGUCGAACAACGUCACCGCAUUGAAGGCUUUAACUACCGACUUCUCAUCCUUCCUAACAAGCCAGCCAGAUAUCCGCGUCUCAGAAAGCAAAUUCACCACCUAUCCAACCUACACUGACUUCCUGAAACUCACCAGCAGCAUCGCAGCCAGACUAACCCCCGCUGGGAUAUUCGAGGCCGUCGCUAGCAGACUCAUACCAGAAUCCCUCUUCGAAUCAAAUAACAAUCUCUCGGACCUCAUCAAUGCCUUCAUAGAGGGAGUGCAGCUCAGCAAUAAACUCAUCCCCGAUGACGGCGCCCUGGCGCAGGUUAUAAUGACCACGCCGGUGAAUGUGCAGAAUGGGAACACUACGAGCGUUAAUCCUGCUUGGCGAGAUGCGCUUUGGCAUACGAUCAUGACGGGUGGCUGGCCGACGAAGCUUGCCCAAGAGCAAGAGGCGAAGCUGCAGGAGGCGUGGUUGGGGACUGUGCAGCCGUUGAAGGAAUUGACGCCCGGGGGUGGAUCUUAUGUGAAUGAGGCGCAUUAUUUGGAGCCGGAGUGGGAGGAGACGUUCUUUGGGGAGAAUUAUCCGAGGCUUUUGGAGGUGAAGAGGAGGUAUGAUCCGGGGCGGUUCUUUGAUUGUUGGAAGUGUGUGGGGUGGGAGGUUUCUGAGUAAGUUCUCUGUCUGGCUUUGGUAUAUUUUGCUAAUUUCGAUAUAGUGACUAUCACUGCUACGAGUAGGCUCAG